CGAACACACGUCCAGCUGGUUGGAUUGGCUGGGUGGAGGGAGAAGAGGUGGAGCCUACUGUAGAAACUACAGCCUCAGUUUAAAUCUGGAUUGUUGUUUAGAGCAUUGAGGAAAAGAGAGACACAAAGUGAUAAAAGUGACGAAGUGUAUUAAAUGGAUAAAUGAUAGCAAGAUUGAGGAAUUGGAGACAGACUUACAGAAACCAGUGCCCAGGACAAUAUCCACUUGGAAGUGUGAAGCACCAAAGACCAGGUACUGAGAUCUACUUGUCCUCUUGGUGCAAAGCUCAAGACCAGUAGCUCUACCAGCCAUCCAUCAAAUCUCCCCAGCUCUCUCAUCUCCCCAGGCCCAGAAUGGCUCUCUCCGGCCAGGUUGGCUACCUCUCUGAGGACCAGUUUAUCUGCUCUAUCUGCCUCGAUGUGUUCACCAACCCAGUCUCCACACCCUGUGGACACAGCUACUGCCUGGGCUGCAUCUCUGCCUACUGGGAUGGGGGAACAGGUAAGCCGUGCGUUUGCCCACUGUGCAAAGAGAGCUUCAGGAAGAAGCCAGAGCUUCACAUCAACCGCACCCUGAAGGAGAUCACCGAGCAGUUCAAGAAAAUGGCCGACGCUGGGUUGGAUGGCGGGGCGCGGAUGACGGGAGGAGCCGGUUUAGUGGGUGUGGGUAACAGCGUUGGUGGUGGUAGUGCUGGGGGUGGUGGGAGGGGGUCAAACGGGGAACACCCUCCGGUCCUUCCAAAACCCACGGGGAUGGGUGGGAUGCCUGGAGAUCUCUUUGCUGAGAUGAAGACCAAGUUCCGGAGACCGACCUCCAGGACCCCUCCACCGGUACUCCACCCCCACCCGCCCCUGCCCUUCCCCAACACGGCCAACCAAUCGACCCCGGUACUCCACCCCAACCCGCCCCUGCCCUUCCCCAACACGGCCAACCAAUCGUCCCCGGUACUUCAACCCCCCCCUAUUGUCCCACGGAGGUACACGCUGAGUGGACCAGCUGAUUCGACCCCGGACGCCCCCCUCUGCUUGGAACACCAACGGGGGCUGGAGUUCUUCUGCCGGACAGACCAGACAUGUGUUUGUGGUGCCUGCAUGGAGCGAGUGCACUAUGGACACGAGGCUAUACCUGCCAAGAGGGAAUGGCAGAUCAAGAAGUCUCAGUUGAACAUCGCAGAGGUUGAGCUUAGGGAUAUGAUCGCGGAGAGAGAGAGGAAGGUGGAGGAAAUCAGGGCAUCACUGCAGGAAAUACAGGUGUGUGCAGAGCAUGAUACUGCCGGCAGUGUGCAUGUCUUCUCCACGCUGGUGAGCUCCUUGGAGAGGGGUCAGGCGGAACUGCUGGAGGUUAUAGAUUCAGCACACCAGACUGCAAAGCACAGAGGACAGUCACUCAUCAGAGACUUGGAGCAGGAGAUCGCUGAACUGAAGAAGAGGAGCGCAACACUGACCCAGUUAAGCAAUACCGAUGACUACUUAUUCUUUUUCAAGACGUUACCCUCCAUCUCCACCCCACCACAGACCAGGGAUUGGUCAGAUGCAGUCGUGAGCUCAGACCUCACCUCUGGGACGGUCCUUCGGACUGUCAAUCAAAUGCUGGAGCACUUUCAGGAAAUGCUCAAGAGGCUGCCGAAGAUCUGUUUUAAUCCUCAAUUUCAACCAGACCAGCCUGUGGGAAGAUUGAGCCCAGACCAGUUGCAUUCUCAUCCAGACCAGUUGUGUUCUCCGCCAGACCAAUUGCGUUCUCCGCCAGACCAGUUGCGUUCUCCGCCAGACCAGUCCGUGGAAAGAUAUAGUCCAAGUUUGCUUUCUCAACCAGACCAAACCUUGGGAAGAUAUAGUCCAAAUUUGCAUGCACAACCAGACCAGUCAGUGGGAAAAAAUCCAAAGGUGAGGAGUGUCCAGGAAUAUGCAGUGGACAUAACUCUGGACCCCCUCACUGCCCACCCCCGCCUCCACAUCUCUGAGGAUGGCAAGCAGGUGAGCUGCAGCGAGCGCUUCCAGCCCGUGCCGGACGGCCCCGAGCGCUUUGACCGGGUGGUCUGCGUCCUGGGGCACCAGUCGUUCUCCUCGGGACGCCAUUACUGGGAGGUGGAUGUGGGCGGGAAGACUGACUGGGACCUGGGCGUGGCUAGCCACUCCAUCAACCGGAAGGGGAAGAUCACCGUAAGUCCGUCCCACGGCUACUGGUUCCUGAGCCUGAGGGAUAAGAACGACUAUGCUUUCCGAACGGAACCGUCGACGGCACUGGGUCUGAACCAGAAGCCCAGCCGGAUAGGGAUCUAUGUGGACUGCGACAAGGGACAGGUGUCUUUCUAUAACGUGGAUGCUAAGACGCUCAUCUAUACAUUCCACGGUAGCUUCGCGGAUUCGAUUCAUCCCUUCUUCAGUCCAUGUACCAAUAAGUCUGGAAGGAAUGAGGCACCACUGAUUAUUUGUCCUGUCUCAAUGCCACUAGCAGAGUGAGAUGGCUUUAAUGCUGUAUUCAAGACAGUUGGGUAUGGCUGGGGACAGUUGAGAAACUCAGACGUCUGACUUCAGUGCUUCAUUGGGAAAUGUAGAUGAAAGAAUUAACUCAGAGUAUGAAUAAAAAUGUUGAG